GACUGUGCAGUAUAUUUCGAACAUGGCUCCAGUCAUCCUGCCGCAAGAACUGAUUGAAAUGAUUGUUGACCAACUUCAUACAUCUUUCAAUUCACUUCUCAGUUGCCAUCUCGUUUCUCACUCUUUCCUUCACAGGGCUCGUUAUCAUGUAUGGUCCCUCGUCAACAUCGACAAAAUCAAUCAGUAUUCUCUUUAUUUCGAGCGCACUGCAUGUGAUGCCUCGGCUUUUGCGAAGCUCUUGCAAUCUUCCGAGUGUGUCCUUGGGAAGGAAUAUGCACUAGGGUCGUCGAUUAAAAGCCUAAACAUACACACACAUUUUUUUGGAUUUCCCGUUCUCGAUGUGCAUCAAUUUGGACGCCUUCUCGAAUGGCUUCCCAGCUUGCGAAGCAUCUUCAUCAGCAAUGUACGCAUUUCGUCCUCGCCCAGUCCAAGCGACCCAGUCGGUGCAAUUGGUGAACCCGAUCCGGGCAUUCGUAAGAGACAUGCCAUUCAUACGCUCGAAUUACACAACAUCUUCUCGAACACAAGUCGCGAUAUAUGCAUGCUUAUUGCGUUGUUUUCUACUAUUCGAUCGAUCGUUUUUCAUGAUGCGGCUCCACCAAGCAAGCGUCAGGAGUCGUCUCUAGACGAUGCUUUGGACCUUUCCGUGUCCACUGCUGCACCCAGAACACAGGCGGACGAAUUAUUCCUGGGGUUAGGAUUCCCUCCUGAACAAAUUUCCCUCGUUCUAGGCGCUCUUUCACUGAAGGACAUUCGCUCUGUGACGCUACGUUGUCCACUCACAUUCGAUGAGGCCUGUCCAUUACUGGAUGCAAUUGCACCAGUCGUUCAACAUUUGAGCAUCAGGCCAAAGUACAUCAAGGAUUCCAGCAAUACUAACUGGCCCCUUCCUGCGUUCAUUCGACUCAGGUCACUCUCUAUCCGACUCUACUUCGUAAACGCAAACGAUCGAUACGAAAGAACGCGAUUAUGGGAGAUCGCCGUUUCUAUAAUUUCCUCCGUUGCUGCGUCGGCGAGCCCUCUACUAGAAACCUUGACAUUCGAGUUGGGCUCGCACUACCGCGGCAUUGACAUCGUUAAAUGUGCUCCCCGGAGAAAAAUUUCGGAAUCUGUCCUACAGCUCACUGCUGCUCAGGCGUCUGAGAGACGAUUGACAUCCCUUUCCGUCCACUGGGCGGUUCUCUAUUCCCGUAACGAGAACGAAGCGGACGAUAGUGGCCGGAGGAGAAGGAUAGCUGAAAACGAGCUCAAUGCAGUCCUCCACGAAGGCGGCCCCAGGGUCUUCGUUCGGUUUUGAUAUCUACGUUUUUAGACAGUAUAGCUCCAUUUUCACUUCACGUCGACGAAAGGAGUAAGGGUCGAUGUUUCUUCCUUAACCUCUUUGCUGUGAUUUGAUGUAUUUAUUUUGUGAUCAGCAUUGGGUCCUCGUAGUCCCGUUUAGAUGAUGUCCAAUUGGGCUUACAAGAUUCUGUAGUGUAUUAUUAGUUAUCCUGGAAUUGAAUUCAUUGGAAGCUUGCAUGAAU